AUGGACGGACGACAGCAAUAUAUCCCAGGGCCGCCUUCCUCCCAACCACAUCCUAUGAACCUACCUCCUCCUCCGCCUCGCCAAGUUGUACCGCCCCCUCCCCCUGGCCCGCCGCCAGGGUCGACAUAUACCCAAGCGACGGCAUACGGAGUUCCGACAGGAUGGCAGCAGCAGCAAAACUGGGGCAGACAGGCGCUGACUCCAGGCUUUCCACCACCCCCUCCACCUCCCAUAGUUGGCCCUGCACAAAAUCACCACCUAGCGUAUGGCCGCCCACCGGCUCCGUUGUCAAUAAUCCCGCCGCGCCCUCCUAAUGAGUCCCAACCGUUGACAUCCGCCACCUACAUACCUGGCAACGACACGAUUGGGGUUGGCAUUCCGGGACUCUUCGAUACUCAUGGAAGAGCCCAAUAUGACCCGUAUGCGCACUCCGCUACGGCCGAAAGGCAACGGUUGGGUAUGAACCAACCGCAUGAGCUUAUCAGCAACCAAGCUCCUUACAAACUAGAGCCAAGUCUCCCACAGACUCCUGGGACUCGCACUGCUCCCCAAUCUUUUGGUCUCCAUGGUAAUAUUCACGAACUGACAUCCAACGACAGCCCACAGCCGCAGCCGCAGGCUGGUGAGAUUGUCAAGUCGUCAAGCCAUCGCCAAAACCCGAGCGGUGCGUCGUUGGGUGGAUUGUCGCACAGCGAGGCUGCGAUUCAGUGGCCAUUGGAGCGAGUGCUCAUUUGGCUUGCUAAAAAUGGGUUCUCAAAUGAUUGGCAGGAAACAUUCAAGUCUUUGGAACUCCAAGGAGCCGACUUCCUCGAGCUUGGCCACGGCUCUGGUGGCCGAGGCAAUCUGGGCAAGAUGCAUCAGGUCGUUUACCCUCAAUUGGCCAAGGAGUGUGGCCGAAAUGGCACAAAAUGGGAUCCUGGCCGUGAACGAGACGAAGGCAAGCGCAUGCGCAAACUGAUUCGUCAAAUUCACGAUGGUUCGCAAGAUGCGGUUUCUACGCCUUUGCAGCCGACACAGCCGAAUGCAUUCCCUGACAGUAGUCUAGGGUACUUUUCUAAUCAUUUCCCUGAGCCGCGUUCUGCUGGCCCCAUCGCUGGUACUAACGAUGUGAGUCCGGAACAUCUCACUGCGCUGCACGCUGCCAAUCAGAAGCAGGCUGGACAGCGUUCAGUAACAAUGCCGGUUCCUACUGCUCACGAUUCGCCGAGGUAUGAUUCUCCAGCGCGGGAGUCGCCAACCUGGCUGCGAUCUGACUACUCGCGGAAUGCCCUGGCUGGAAUCGGCGAGCAUCGACGCCAGAGCCCUUCGAUUGGGAGUGAAAGUGGCACAUUCCAGGGUGCUGCACUUCGCCCCCACGAAGGUAGCCCGAAAAGUGGUAGCCCGGCCUUGCCAUAUGCGACACCCGCUUAUACGCAGCACCCAACUUCGUCUACCGGGGACUUGUCCUUGAAGUACGACCACUCUCGAGGCAACAGCACCGACUCUAUUCCAGGUGCUGGGAGGGGCUCCACGCCCCGUUACUAUGGCAGACAAGGUCAAGAAGGCGCUCGUCCUUCUCCGCAGGAUGCCUAUUCUCGCCAAUGGAGUGGAGAUACCCCUUCUUCAUAUAGAGACCAUAGUAAAGGCUUAUUGGGUUUCCUCAAGAAGAAAACAAGGGCCAAUGACUCCAGUCACCCAUCACCCGACCAGCAACAAGACGAUUCCUCGCCAACUACCAGUCCAGAGACUCGUCCAAAUGGGGCUUAUCUCCCCUACUCAAAGCCUGGAUAUAACUCAAGUGAUCUGUCUGUCGGCGAGCGUCCAUCCACGGGUACAACAAAAACCAAGAAAUGGGCCUUUGUUACCAUGGACGGAUCGAUCUUCCGUCUGGUUGAUAUCUCCGACAUGGAAUCGGUUGAGAAUCUCCGUGCUGAGAUUUGUCGAAACAUGGCAAUCUCUGACUGGACCAGUGCUCAAAUCUUCCUCACAGAGCCUGGCCAGACGGAGCACGAGAAUCCUUUGAGCGAUGCGAAUCUCACGCAUUCGCGUCGAAACAAGUCAGAUCAAUACGGUUCUCUUAAACUGUUCGUCCGUGGGAAUCCUGUUCAUCCUCCUACUACUCCUCGAGUCGAUGGCCUGGGUGUUUCUUUCGCUGAUAAGCCGAGCCUGUCUCCAACCGCAACACAUCACCAGGUUCACAGAAAGCCACUAGACGAGGACGCACUAAAUCGCAUCUCACCGCAUCACGCUAUACCAAGCUCCCCAUCCUUGGCCUCGAGGCAAACCACGAUCAAGGCUCCAGUAAAGACAUCUCCUGCGGAAAUCACGCCAGACCCGAACCAACCUCUAGAUUCUGAAAAAGCUGAUCUGCUCGCCCGUCAUGAGGAACAUAUGCGUGAAGUUGAGCGAAAGCAAAAGCAAUAUCUUCUCUCCAAGGCGCCGAUGUCUCAACAAAAGGCCAAUGCCUAUGGUGAUACCGGCUACAGGCGUAACGAAGUCAUUGAUUUCGACAGCCCUCGCAUUUCUCCUUAUGAUGAAAAGAAGGGAGAAUCGCUUGUACCACUUCGCAAGCCGCCAAUGGCACCGAUUGAAUCCAACACCCUCACCAAGGUCAACUCUCUCAGUAGAAGGCCAAGUGAGGUCAGCUACCUCAGCAGAAGACCAAGUGAGCGCCCUCGAAACCGGCCGGAGGUUUCAGCACAUGGUCUUGGGGCUGCACUUGCCAGUGUUGGCCGUGUCACAAGCGCCAUUGGCACUCCGUUGCCUUCAGUGGCUCCAGCUUCGCCCACCAACCGGGACAGCGUAGGCUCCGAGUCGGAUCCAGCUGGGACGCUUGACUCUGCUGGAACAGUGUCAAGUAAAACAACUCUAGACUCGCGACCCUCUUCCUCGAGAAAUUCUCAACCCGAAGUAUCAUUCGCCAAUCAAUCGCCUGAAAAAUCCGACAUUGACGGUCCCUCGAGGCCUCCAUUGCAAUCCCGCAAGUCAUUUGGACCAGAGUUUGACUUUGAAGAAAAUCAGGUGUCCUUCCAGCGAACUCCCCAGCCACAAGAUGACUCGGAUGACGAUUCCGACGAUGGCCUCUUUCAAGUCCGACCUUCAAGAACCCAGGAGGAACAGGAAACGGAACUAGAGCCCGACAGAAAGUCAGAAAGGCCAUCUCUCACGCUCAAGACAGGAGACCGGCUCAGCAAGGGUCUAUCUGUUCGCUUCAAGUCUCCGAGCACAGCCGGUCCCAGUUCUGGCGACGCAUCAGAUGGCAAGGGACCGUUCUCCGCAACCCCUUACGAACCUGUAUCGCCUGAAGAUGAGCGGCCCCCUCGUCGAGAUUCUUUCGCCCGAGAUGUUUGGGCUAGCAGACCUGCCGUCGAAGGCGUUAUUGACAAGCUUGACGACUUCUUCCCUGACGUUGAUCUUGAUGCUCCUUAUCUGGAUGAGCCUCCAUCACCAACCCCCAAGGCCUCCAAUGCUGAGCAUGACACAAGCCUCAACGAAAAGAAGGAAGCCCCGCAUCCUAUGCCGCAUCCCACUCAUCUCCCUAAUAACCCCUAUGGAUCCGACCAAGCUACCGCCAGACCAGAUGCUAGUAUUGUGGCUCGACGCAAUAUCGCACGGGGUGGCGGCGGCGGCGGUCUGUCUCGUAUGAAGUCCAUCCGUCAAGUGGCCCAGGGAGCGAACCGAACGAAGAGUGUUAGCGCUGCUGGCCCUCAAAGGUCGGGUGAUCUUCUGCGUCGGAAGAGCACGAAGAUGUUCGGCGCCAAGAUCAUGCAGAUCAGGCCUCGACCUGGUAGUCGCAUCAGCCAGCUCGACCCCAUUCCGCAGAAUAGUAACCAAGUUACAUCGAAUGCUGGCCCUCCUCAGCGACAGCCCACUUUCCGUAUCAUCCGCGGUCAACUUAUCGGCAAGGGUACAUAUGGCCGAGUAUACCUAGGAAUGAACGCAGACAAUGGUGAGGUUUUGGCGGUGAAAUUGGUCGAGAUCAAUCCCCGAAUUGCCGGGACGGACAAAGACAAAGUCAAAGAAAUGGUCGCUGCAUUGGACCAGGAGAUUGAUACCAUGCAGCACCUUGAACACCCCAACAUCGUGCAAUAUCUCGGUUGCGAGCGUGGUGAAUUCUCCAUUUCUAUCUACCUGGAGUAUAUUUCUGGUGGUUCCAUUGGCAGUUGCCUACGGAAGCACGGCAAGUUCGAGGAGAGUGUCGUGAAAUCGCUCACACAGCAAACACUCAGUGGUUUGGCCUACUUACACGACAAGGGUAUUCUCCACCGUGACCUGAAAGCAGACAAUAUCCUCUUGGAUCUUGAUGGAACCUGCAAGAUCUCUGAUUUCGGUAUUUCCAAGAAGACGGAUGAUAUCUAUGGCAACGACUCGAGCAACUCCAUGCAGGGUUCUGUCUUCUGGAUGGCCCCUGAGGUUAUCCAGUCCCAAGGCCAAGGAUAUAGUGCCAAGGUUGAUAUAUGGUCUCUUGGCUGUGUUGUACUGGAGAUGUUCGCUGGUCGAAGACCUUGGAGCAAGGAGGAGGCAAUUGGUGCCAUCUUCAAGCUCGGAAGUCUGAGCCAGGCUCCUCCUAUUCCAGAAGAUGUCUCGCUGAACAUUAGUCCGGCGGCUCUUGCGUUUAUGUAUGACUGCUUUACAAUUGACUCGGCUGAACGUCCUACUGCCGGAACCCUGCUCACACGUCACCCCUUCUGUGAAGCCGACGCAAACUACAACUUCUUGGAUACGGCGUUGUACUCCAAGAUUCGCGUCUGA